CUUUUCUUCUGACAGACAGACCAAAGACUGACCACGAAUGCACUAACUGACAUGCUGUAGAUACAGUGUGACUGUGGUGUAAAUUUGCCUUAAUGUGAUGAAGUUAGUGACUAAGUCAACCAUGAGCUCAAGCACGCUGUCUGCUGUGAUAGAGAAGCUGAUUCGCAGCCUGUGUCUGAAUGACUUUCCCUGUGGAAAUGGCACAUGGAGAAACACCAAAGGGAGUGCGGAGCGAGCAGAGAUGGAGUCCACGGAUGCUCUCCUGGAUCUGCUGAGCUGCCCUCGUUCUCCAUGGCGCCAUGAUGUCAUGUGGAGCCCUCAAGCUUUGCCUCUCAGACAGCUGGCUGUGCAAACACCUGAACGCCUGCACGCCCCCUUUAUUUACAACUACUUCACUUCACUUCGUAUUGUUGACAGAGACUGCCAAUCUGAUAGGGGAACCACAUCUUCUGUGAGUGUAACAGCCAUUGACGGUGGCCUGUUGAAGUUCUCAAAGCUGGAGGAGCUGGUGCUGAGUGCUAACAAAAUCUCAGAAGUACCCACAGCAAACCUUCCCGGCACGUUAAAGAUUUUGGAGCUACGUGCAAACCGGCUGUCGUCUUUAGACAGCCUCGCCAGCGGUGCUCCUCCUCCCCACCUGCAGUACCUCGGCCUCAGCUCAAACACUCUGGGUUCCCAAAAUGAUGUCGCUCAUCUUACUGGAAGACACUGGCCACAGCUGGUGUGUCUGGACCUCAGCGACUGCGGGUUUCAGGACCAGCAAGCUCUGCUAAAUGGCUUGAGCACCCUGCCUUGCCUCAGGACGCUGCUGCUGGAGGGAAAUCCUUUCACGCUUGCAUCCUCAUACCCAGGACUGACUGUGGACAGCCUCCCGCAGCUUUCCUGUCUGGACACCUCAUGGAUUUCCCCGGAGGAGAGGCAUCGCUUUAGGGGCUUGGCCAAGAUGAGUGACCUGGCAGUAGACAUAGCGUCAGCCACAGUGAGCGUGGGCAGGAUGACGGGAAUUCCAGAUCCUCGGAUGACUGUGGAUGACAAAGCUCCCAAUUUCCCUGUGGUCAGCUACCGUUAUUUUAUCUCCUACGUGUUCCUGAGGCAUCAGACACCUGCUCACUCGAAAAUUAACACUGAGACAAAAUUUGAUGCAAGAUCUGUGACUGAAGGCCAACGAUCAAACGAGAACUGCGAAAAACAGACGUCCAAACAAGACAGCGGCAUUUUGAACUCAGAGAAAUCUAGUUGUGGCAACACAUGUGCAGUGUUAAGGCACACCACAUCCAAGCUGUCGUGGUCAGAGAGCAUGGACUUCGGUGACACGCAAACCCACACCGUGAGCGCUCUGGGAGAUUUAAAGAAAUUCCUCAAUCGGGGACUGCGUUUAAGCUUAGAGGAAGAAAAGGUCCUGUCAUGGCCUGCUGCUUCUGAAGAAGUCCCGCUGACCAAAGCCAACCAACCUGGAAAAGAGAAGAAAGGCAGGAGGGAGAAAGAAUCUCCAGUUAAAUCUGAUUUCACCAAGUCUAAAGACAAAAAUAAAAAAUCUGUACCUGAGCUGGUCCAAGAUGCCCCGAUCAGACGAAUCCUUGGCUCUGUGCACAUCCCCCUGCAAAGCCUGGUCAGAGGAGGCCAGCAGGUUAAAGUCCUCUGUGACUUUGGCGUGCUGCACACAGACUCUGAGGUAGAAGCAACACAAACACAUCAAAAGGAUUUGGGAAGGAAAAACAAAGAGGACAAGAAGGAGGACAAGGAAACAAAAGGGAGACAGCACAAUGCAGCAUCGUCAAAAGAUAAAGAGAAGAGGGCGCUUGAGGUGCAAGACUCAAUAACCAGCCAACCAGUGAUUGUGGAGCUGAUUGUGGAGCUGAAGAAAUGGCAGACUGCGUCUGAAGCUCACCACUUCCUCCUGCCACAAACCUCCUAAGGCGGACUGCUCUCCCCAGGGGUCCGUUUGUCCUUCCGUCCUUCCUUCCUCAUGACUGUUAACUGUGACGGUACCGUUGAGAUAACUGCAUAAUAAAUUUCUUGCCUCCUCAAAGUACCGUCUUAUCAGGCUGCUGUAUUUGCAUCCUAUUCAGGACUGCAUGUGCUGUGUGCAUUUAAGUGGACUGGAAAAUGUCCGUACUUAGGGCUUAUUCAGAACUUUAAAUUAAAUAUCAUACCCAACUUUGUGUUCAUGUGACGUGGAAAAACCAUCCGGACUGACAGAUUCCUUUGAACUACAUGGAAGCUAUUUUUUGAAAUUAGUUUUUAAAUCCACUCAGUGAAUCACCAUCUUGUGGUGGUGGAGGGGUUUGUGUGUCUCAGUGAGACCAGGGGCUAUGUUGCUGAGGGGUUUUUGCCCCAAAGCAAAUUAGUCCUGUAUGAAGGGCCAGACAAAGAGUGAUUCAGAGGACCCCUGUAGAAGGAAAGAAAUCAAGGGAGCGAAUUACUGUGCCCAAGAUGGGAUUACCAGGGCCCCUGCCCUGGAGCCAGGCCUGAGGAGGGUGGUCCGCUGCACCCGGCCACUCCAGUACAGUGGGUUUAGUGAUGGAGAAUGUCGGCACUGAACCCCGUUAGUCUAACUUGUUAUAUUUUUUAAGUGACAGAAAGCAGUUGCGGUAACUUUAUUAAAUUAUUAAAGUGAUUAUCAAAGCUUAGAUCACUGUCGAAAAAUAAUGCCAAGCUUCCUAACUUGUUCACUGUGUUUCAGAGAAAAGAUUGUAAAUUAUUUUAUGUCUUUGACUUUUUGGAGUAACAACAAAUAUUUCCAUCUCAUCUCUUUUCACUUCUGUAAAGUUUCUAGAAAAUUAAUCGAGAAUCUGACCCGUUAAACAAGCUAAAUUGUGAUCAUUGAAAUGUCAGCAGUGAGAUCGAGCAGAACCAAGACUGAAACUCUCUGUGAAAGAAUCAUAAUACAUCACUGUUGACCUUCAGGUCAUCAGUGACUUCAGUAAGAGCAGUUUCUGUGCUGUGGUUGGUUCUGAUUGGUACUUAUCAGAAAUACUGACAUUGAAAGUAUGAACAUAUUUUUCAAUUAGGGUGGAGUGGAUGGAGACGAGUGUCAGGGGUGAUUUUGGGGUGACAGAAGAAUAGCAGCAACAGUGAAAAGGACUGUUUAUAAGAUGGUAGUGAGACCUGCUGUGAUCUAUGGUUUGGACAUGAUAGCCCUGACAAAAUAGAGUGAUGAGACCAGGAUGGACACAUUAGGCUGAGUGGUUUGGAGACAAAAUUAGAGGCAAUGCUGAGUUGGUUUGGACGUGUGCAGUGGAAGAUUAGUGGCUACAGUGGACAAAGGAUGCUGAAGGUGGAACUGUCGGGCCAUAGGAAAAGAGGAAGACCACGGUAGAGGUUCAUGGAUGUAAUGAAGGAGGACAUGCAGGAGGGUGGUUUGACAGAGGAGUAUAUCACAGAUCAUAGCACUUAUGAGAGUCUUACAGCAAAUAUGAAGUCCUUAUUAAAGGGGAUUGAUAAUAUAAUCAGGUGUUAAAAUAUAUUAAAUAAAAGAAGACCUCCAGGCAAGUGCUAAAAGAAUAACUUGGCUUCUGGAGCUUUCUAAGUGUGCCUCCAUGAACACGUUUGCAGUCUGUUGCAGUAUAUUAAACAAUUCCCCCCUAGAUUAGUACUCUGGUUCUGAAAUGUAUAAAAUAAAGGUUUACAUAUUUAGUGUAUUCUUUUCACUGUAUAGUGCACAAAGGCAGCAGGAUUCAGGUGUGACACACAUAUAUUAUUAUGAAGGAAUUCUGCACAAAGAUGCUUCAUUUACCCAUAAACAUUUUAUUUAUUUAUUUUUUUAAUACACAGAUAUUGAAAACAUAUUGAGAGAAAUGCCAAAGUGUUUCACCGUUUCAUACAGAAAUGAACUUCUAAGAAACUUUUUGAGAAAGGCCAUUUUACAGGAACUGAGGACUUAUAAGCAUCAAGUCCAUUAUUUAACAGUUUAUUUUGUUCUUAUCAAUCUUCCUGCAGUCCUUUUCAAAGUCCAUAAAAAAAGGUCCCUAUUAAAGCCAAACAGCACUGCUUUUUGCUCCAACUCUAUAUCAGAGCAAGGAAACCUCUCCCUGUUACAAAUUUACACUCAUACUAUCAAAUCUUUAAGUACAUAGCAUUUCCAGGCAUAAAAAAUAAACUAUAGCUCCCCGACCUUGCGCAAACUGACAUUUGUUUUUCAAUCAAGUCAUUUACAGCUUCAAAUAAACAA